UUCUGGGCGACUCUGCGUAGCCAGAGAGCCCCACGAGCUCUGGUGGCCGAAGUUCCUUCGUGAGGACGGCGGGUGACCCCGGAGGCCCAAACGGAGAGUGUGCGGCCAGGGCUGGCGGGACCCGGCGGGCGGCUCAGAAUCCAUCUCCAGGACUGUGUCUUCUCUGCUGUGUGAGGCCCAAGUGGCUCUGGCUCAGGUCUGUCUCCCUGUGACCUGCAGGUGCUAUGAGGUCCACAGGAAGGAAGUCAGGACUCCCCAGAAGGCAGGAAAUGACCUCAGUGUUCUUUGAAGAUGUGGCUGUGAACUUCACCCAGGAGGAGUGGGCUUUGCUGGAUCCUUCCCAAAAGAAUCUCUACAGAGAUGUGAUGCAGGAAGUCCUUAGAAACCUGGCUUCUAUAGGAUUCAGAUGGGAGAACCAAAGUGCUGAAGAUCAGAACACAAAUCCUGGGAUAGAUCUAAGGCACAUCAUAUCUCUCUCUGCAAACAAACCACAUGAGGAUGAGGAGUGUGGAGGAAAGCCAUAUGAAUUUAAACAGAACAGAAAAUCCUUUAUUUCUCUCACAAAUGUUCAAAGACAUGUGUCAGAGUGCACUGUAAAUGGAUUGUAUGGAUGUUUGACAUGUGGAAAAGAGUUUAUUUGUUCCAGGUGUAUUGAAAAAUCUCGACGAUCUCAUACUAGAGAGAAGAUAUAUGGAGGCAAGCAAUGUGGGAAAGCCUUCAGUACUUCAAAUUAUCUUCAGUUACAUGUACAAACUCACACUGGAGAGGCGGCUUACAGAUGUAAACAAUGUGGAAAUGCAUUCAUUAGUGUGGCUAAUCUUAAAGUACGUGAAGAAUCUCACAAUGAGGAGAUUAUGAGUUGUAAACAAUGUGGAAAAGCCUUCAGUUGUUCCAGUUCCCUUCAAAAACAUGAACAAACUUAUGCUGGAGAGAACCCUAAUCAAUGUGAACAAGGUGGGAAAGCCUUUUUUAUAUCCUCUAAGCUAUACACACAAGAACAAACACAUAGAGGAAAGAAGCUAUAUGAAUGUAAACAAUGUGGAAAAGCCUUCACUAGUUCUUCUUAUCUUCAGAUUCAUAAACGAACUCAUACAGGAGAGAAGCUCAAUGAAUGUAAACAAUGUGGUAAAGCCUACACUACUUCAUCUUACCUUCAGAUACAUGAACGAACUCAUACUGGAUUGAAGCCCUAUGAAUGUACACAGUGUGGCAAAGCCUUCACUCAGUCCAGUCACCUUCAAAUACAUAAAAGAACUCAUGCAGUAAAGAAGCCCUAUGAAUGUAAACAAUGUGGGAAAUCCCUCUGUAGUUUUUCUUACCUUCAAAUACAUGAACGAACUCAUACUGGAGAGAAGCCCUAUAAAUGUAAACAAUGUGGGAAAGCCUUUGCUUCAUCUAGUGACCUUCAUGCACAUGAACGAACUCAUACAGGAACAAAGCCCUAUGAAUGUAAACAAUGUGGGAAAGCCUUCACUAGUUCCUCUUACCUUCAAAUACAUAAACGAACUCAUACUGGAGAGAAGCCCUAUGAAUGUAAGCAGUGUGGGAAAGCCUUCACACAGUCCAGUCAGCUUCACACGCAUGAACGAACUCAUACAGGAGAGAAGCCCUAUGAAUGCAAACAAUGUGGAAAACGCUUCACUACUUACUCUCACCUUCUAAUACAUGAACGAACUCAUUCGGGAGAGAAGCCCUAUGAAUGCAAACAAUGUGGAAAAGCCUUUACUACUUCCUCUUACCUUCAAAUACACGAACGAACACAUACUGGAGAGAAUCUCUAUCAGUGUGAACAAUGUGGGAAAGCCUUUGCUAUAUCUAGUCAGCUUAACACACAUAUAGCAAUUCAUACAGGAAAGAAGCCCUAUGAAUGUAAACAAUGUGGAAAAGCCUUCACUUUUUCCAGUCCCCUUAAAGUGCAUGAACGAACUCAUACUGGAGAGAAGCCCUAUGAAUGUAAACAAUGUGGUAAAGCCUUUGCUACAUCUGGUAACCUUCACUCACAUGAACGAACUCAUACAGGAAGAAAGCCCUAUGAAUGUAAACAAUGUGGAAAAGCCUACAGUAGUUCUACUUGCCUUAAAAUACAUGAAAGGACUCAUACUGGAGAGAAGCCCUAUGACUGUAAGCAGUGUGGCAAAGCCUUUACCCAGUCCAGUCACCUUCACUCACAUGAACGAACUCAUAGAGGAAAGAAGGCCAAUGUGGGUAAACAAUCUGGUAAAGCCUUCAGUUGUUCCACUUAUCUUCCUGUACAUGAAAAGCCUCACACUGGAGAUAAGCCCUAUCAAUGUAAAUAGUAUGGUAAAAUUUUCAUUUUUUUCCCUUUUCCUUUGAAUACAUGAACUAUCUCUGUGGAGAAAGGCCCUAUAAGUAUAAAUUGAUGACCUUGGUAAAGCCUUCACUAGUUUGACUUAUUAUGAAAGAUAUGAAAAAUCUCAUACUGGGGAAAAACUUUAUGGAUGUAAACAAUGUGGGAAAGCCUUCACUUAUACCUUUGGGCUUUGUGUACAUAAAAAUAUUUAUACAGGGGACGACCCUAUGAAUGUAAA